GUGUGGUUGAUUAUGACUUGGCGCUGUGUUUGCAGUUUUUAAUAAAGUUCAAAAAGUGGUUCAGUUAUAAGUCUAUAAAUGACAGAAUAAAAACAUUCCCUGGUGAAAGCACUAACAAGCCAAAUGCUGUUCCCACCCAUGGGAAAAAGCUUGGAGGCCAUGCAGCUCAAAACAGGUGGCUUUUGAGGUUCCUGCCAGUUGUACUCCAUGACAGAAUUAAAGAUUCUGACAAUCCUGUGUGGCAAAUGGUACUACACCUGAGGGAGCUAGUGGAAUUAGUCUGUGCGCCUAGCCUUUCUAAAGCUCAGAUUGCCUAUAUGAAAAUACUGAUCGAGGAAUAUGUAGAAGAGAGGCAAGAGUUAUUUACACAUGUACCUCUUCGACCAAAACAUCACUAUUUGCUUCACUAUGCAGAUUUGAGUUUGCAGUUUGGUCCACUGAUACACACAUGGACCAUGCACUUUGAAAGUAAGCAUAGCUACUUCAAACGUUGUAUUAGGUCAACUAAAAAUUUCAAAAAUGUGACAAAGUCUCUAGCUGAAAGGCAUCAGUUACUUCAAGCUUAUCAGUGCCAUGGCAGCUUUUUUACUCCCCAGGUGCAAUUUUCUGAGUCAAUCACUUUUUGUCCAGAACUGUAUGAUGGUCACAUCAGAGCACAGAUGAAUACCUUUGGACUAAAUGCUUUGAACUCAGUUGUCACAGAAAAAGUAGAAGUCUGUGGAACAACCUAUGGGAAUGGCAUGUUUGUCUUACAAGCUUAUGCAAAAAAUCAACUACAGUUGGGACAAAUUGCAUCUAUUGUUGUUAAAAGUGAAACUGAUGUUUUGCUUUUGCUCAGAGAAAAAUCUGCAAAAUGGGUGCCUGAGCUUGGAGUCUAUGAAAUGGAAAAAAAAAAUUUGGGCAAUCUGGCCUGCAUACACCUUAAGACACUCAGUGAUUCCUUUCCUAUUUGUUUUUACAACAGAGGUGUCAGGUUACUCCACCCACUUAAGCAUAUGCCAAAAUGGAGCAUGUGAAAGAGAGUAUUCAGAAAGCUUUGCCAUCACUCAGGAGUGAUCUGGUUGAGUCAGUUAUCUCUACACUUGAGAUGAUUGGUGUAAGCUGUGUUGAAGACCUUGGUUUCGUCAGGACAGAGGAUCUUGAGGGAAUUCUAAAACCUAUCCAGUGCAGAAGACUGAUCCAAGCUUUCAGCACUGAAUUGCAAGCUGAUUCUGCCCCCACUACUGAACCUUUGCAGCUGAAUAGCCACCAGCUGCAACUAUCACCUGUGACUUCCGGUUCCUGUGAGGCAUAUCCUGUGCCAUGGCACAAAAUGCCACCCCAACUUAUGAUUGCUGUUGAAGAAAAGAAAAGACCAAAACCUAAAGACAGAAGGGAACUUGUUCGCAUCAUCAUUGAUGAUGUUCUUGGGAAGGACCAAAAAAGGCCUGGAAGAGCUAAGUUGAGGAACAUUGCACAGCAGAUCAUAGAGCAAUAUCCCUGCUCUUUCCAAGACAGAGAGGUCAAUGGAUUAAAAGUUGUUGGAACAGGAUAUGAUUCUCUGUUUAUACAGCUUGAAAACAGAGUUGAAAAUGUUAUGAGACCAUUGAGCUUUGGUUCAACAAAGAGACAAUGCGAAGAUGAAAUGGCAUCACAGAAAAAGUCUUUGACUUCAAAUCGCUAUGGUUGUGUGCAGUGGCAGCCAACUGCUGAGAAUGUGACAAACCUAAAUUUCACACAGGAACAACUGAAAACUGCCUUCCAAACAAAUCAAUUUCCAGAGUCUGAUGUUCGAAGAAUGAUGGCUGAAACCUAUAGCAUCCAGCGAGCAGCAAUCAACAGAGGAAACUCCAUCAGCAAGUUAUUAGAAGACUGGCCUUUUCUCUUUGAAGCAAUCCACCUGUUUGAUCACACAACCACCCUUCUUGGCUUCCCAGUACAAACCAGACUGGCAGAGGAAUUGUCAAAGAAAGAAAAGACAAUAAAGGACUUCCUUGGGUCCAGAGGGGUGGAUAUUCCAGGAAGUGAUGCUGUCCAUGUGAUUAGUGGAAUCGCAAAAUUCUUCAAGGAGAAACCAGCCCAACUAUUUUGUCAAAAUGAGCUGCUGCAUCCAGAGAGUCCUGAUCUUGACCUGCCAAGCACCCCAUGCAUCUUUAUAAUGGGUGAACAGCUUUUUAAAGUUGCUGUUGACCAAAUGAUUGUGAAUGACCACAUCAAGUCAUCCAUCGCUGCCCUAAGCUACGCCUUCUCCAUGUUUUAUGUCUUGAACAUAAAAUAUCCAAAAGACAUGUCCCUGACACUGGAAUUUAUACAAAGAGUCUUUCUGGGCUUAAACCCCAAACGAGGGUCAAAGGCUGAAAUGAAGGGGAAGAAGCAUCAUCACAUUCCACCCCGACUGCUCAAGUUUGUAAAUGAACUGUAUGACUUUGACAGUCCAUGGAAAAUUUGAUUCUUGUAAAAGGUGAUGCUUCAUAAUGUUCUCUGUUAUGUUGACAGCAGUUCAGAAAAUAGUAGUUGGAUGUUGGUCCUUGUUUACACCUGUGAUUUUAAUCUUGUAAUGCAAAUUGCAAGAUUAAAAUUUUAUUUGUUUAAUGUUAGUGUUGGAUUGUGUUAAUUAAAUUAAACUUAACAAAAUUAUUAAAUUGACUUCAAAGUCUGGACUCAAGAAUGAACUUUACAUUGACCUUAACUUUAAAAAUAUGUUUGACUGAAUAUAUAAUUGAGAAUGCAGUUUGUAAUUAUAUUGUAAUGAUGUGUUGAUAUGGUAUUGAAAAACCAUGAACUGCAAAAUAAAAUUUGCAAAUGGAUUGUUUAUGGUUUCAUUGUUAACCCAUCUGCAUGAGCUAUUUUAACACUAAAUUUCAUGGUCUAAAUGUCCUUUUGAAUAAGAAGUUGAGUUUUGCUUAAAUUUAUGUUUAUUUAAAAUGUAGUGCUUUAUAUUUAUUACUUAGUCAAUGUCUAACACAGACUUGAAUGGUUUGAAUGUCAAAAAUACAAGUUUUUAAGUAACAGAAAUGCUUGUGAAUAUACUACAGAUUUACUGGAAAAAUACGGAAAAUUUUAAUUAUGGAUUAACAGAA